GGGAAAUUUCCCGGAAGCAUGUUAUACAAGAAGUGAAACGAUUACAACCUCGAAUUGUAACAGUAUUGUUUUUGUAGUCUGUAAAAGUGAAAUUUAGUAUAAUAGAUAAACCGAACGAUCUUGACAAGUUUCCGAUUACAUUGAUGAUAACAGGUCCUUCCUUGGACCUAGCCGUUGCACUGCUGAGACCUGUCGACUACCUCCAUCUCCUCGUCCAUUAGGAGCCCUGUGGUUGAGCUUUUCUCCCUAACCCUGCAUAGCGUCUGGCUGGGGGAAUGGCAGCCCGUGGAGGAACCAUGCUGGGUACUUCCAAGAUAUGCCAGUUUAAACUGGUGCUGUUGGGGGAGACAGCCGUCGGCAAGUCCAGUGUGGUCUUGCGCUUUGUGAAGGGACAGUUUCAAGAGUACCAGGAGGCCACUAUUGGAGCUGCGUUCCUCACACAAACGGUCUGUCUGGACGACACAACGAUAAAGUUUGAGAUCUGGGACACGGCGGGGCAGGAGCGCUACCACAGCCUGGCGCCCAUGUACUACAGAGGAGCCCAGGCCGCCAUCGUAGUCUUCGACAUCACCAGCACAGACAGUUUCACGCGGGCCAAGAGCUGGGUGAAGGAGCUGCAGAAGCAGGCCAACCCCAACAUCGUCAUCGCCCUGGCCGGCAACAAAGCCGACCUGUCCAACAAGAGGACCGUGGAGUUUCAGGAAGCUCAAGACUACGCCGAUGAGAACAGCCUACUGUUCAUGGAGACGUCUGCCAAGACAGCCCUGAACGUCAACGAGAUCUUCAUGGCCAUCGCUAAGAAGCUUCCGAAGAGUGACCCCCAGAGUGGACUCGGAACGGCAGGCCGGGUCAGACCUGGAGUGGACCUGAAUGAGCCUGCCUCCCAGAGCCGCAUGGGCCAAUGCUGCGGCAGGGGCAAUUAACCAAUCACAAAGGAGAACACAAGCUUGGGCUGCUGGAUCAACAGGAACAGAGACCAAUCGCAGGAGAGAGUUUUUAAUUUAUAUUUGCCGCAAAAAAAGACUAGCAUUUAAACUGAUCACAGUCUAAAAGUUGUAACGAUCAUCGUAAUAAGCUAGAGGGACUCCACACACUCAGCUCUAUCUCCUUGUUCUAACCUCUACCCUUUUAUACCCCUGUCUGUAACAUUAUGGUAUUUAAAGGUUAUCUAUCACGUCUUCAAGUUUAUGGUUCUUAAAGGACAUCAUGAGGAUUUGGUGUUAGGUGAUUUCUGUUUAUCCGGGUCCUUCCCACUUUGUUGCUCUGAAGGAAAGGAAUCAGGGAUCAGGGAGAGGGGCCUUUCUCCCGGGUCCGCGCUCGUGGGUUUGUAAAUUAUCUGUUGUUGUUGUUGUUAUUUUAAUGGUGGUGUGGGCUUGGGUUGAGUGGUGGGGAAUGAUCUGAGAGGACACUGCCUUGUGCUGCACAUCAUCAUGGACUCCGCCAGAGCCACCCCCCACAAAUGCAUAUAUGUACACACACACACACACACACACCCACACACCUGCCUACACAAUACAAAUAUUACAUACUUAUACACACUAUCUGUACACAUAUACUUACACACACACAUAUACACAGAUGUAAACACACAGUACACAUCCACAGACACAGGCAUCCAUACACAUAUGUCCGGCUUCAUGCUUUUUCCAAUCUGUAUAAAAUGCAUUAAAACCGUUCAGAAGUGAAAUGUAAACAUGAAGUGUUUUGUAUAUUGAACAGAUAAAUUAUAAGCCUAUAAUCAUAUUUUGUGUUCUGUAUAACAAUCAUGAAGCACAAGGGACUGACCUACCUUUUCUUUAUAAUUUAUAAACUAUACAUAAAGUACCAUCUAAUUCA